UGUUUACUAAGAACUUCUGUCUGCUUAAGACUAAAUAGUUAUCGUUAUAUUGUCUCAUUAUAAUAUCUCUGAUUUAAGAUGUCUUCGACAUUGUUACUUGGAAAAUUGGCUUUAAUAACAGGAGCUGGGGGUGGCAUUGGAAGAGCCACUGCAGUACGAUUCGCCCAAGAAGGUGCUACAGUCAUUGUUACUGACAGGAAGAUUAAACAAGCUGAAGAAACAGCUAAGAAAUUAGGAGGCACGCAUUUGCCGCUUGAAUUGGAUGUAACAAAUGCUGAUAAUGUUCAAAGCGUCAUCGAAGAAGCAAUCAAUAAAUAUAAGCGUCCACCAAGCAUCACCGUUAAUUGUGCUGGAAUCACACGCGAUGCUUUUAUUUUGAAAAUGGACGAUUCAGACUUCGAUUUAGUACUCAACGUUAAUUUAAAGGGAACUUAUCUAGUAAUGAAGCAUGUUGUACAAAAAAUGAUUGAACAUAAAGUAGGUGGAGCGAUUGUCAACAUUUCCAGUAUAACAGCGAAGAUGGGUAACAUGGGCCAAUGUAAUUACGCUCCUUCCAAAGCAGCUGUAGAAACGUUGACACGUGUAGCUGCGAAAGAAUUUGCAAAGUUUGGUAUAAGAGUCAACACUGUUAUACCUGGUUUUGUUCAUACUCCAAUGACUGACCAUGUGCCAGAUAAAGUAAAAGAAUUAAUUUUAAAGCAAAUUGCGUUGAAACGGUUCGGUGAACCAGAAGAAAUAUCAGAUACAAUUGCAUUUUUAUCAUCCGACAAAAGUUCUUUUGUCACUGGAGCUUCAAUUGAAGUUUCUGGUGGACAGUCAUAAGCUUCUUACGUAUCUAAUUCAAAGUUAUAAACAGAAAAUGCUUUUACUUAAAGAGUCGUAAUAAUCUAAUCGAGUUUUUAAAACAUAUUUUAUAUUUUUUUCGGGUUUUGUUCAAAGUAUUUAUUUUUUUACUCUCUGAUUAAGAAAAUAUUUUCCUUAUUUUUGCAUUUAUAUAAAAAAACGGUUUUCAAUUUUAGUUAAUUUAUAAAAAUUUAUGUUGCUGAUGAUGAAUCGAGAGUAAUAAAUUUCAAUCAUGUUUUCAAUAACAGUGAUGUGUUUGAUUUCAUUUUAUUUCCUUCGUAAUCUACGAGCAGCACCCGAUAAAGCAACUGCUGAUAAUCCAACAGCUGCCCCAACACCAGCAGCGAUUUUAAUUGAUUUCUUGUCUGAUUUU